UCCGGGAACCAACAGGCAAAGCCGCGGCUGACUGAGGAGGAAAAGCGCCAGAAUCACAUAGCUAGUGAGAAAAAGCGUCGCGAUGCCAUCCGCGCCGGUUUCGACUCCCUCUGCGACAUUGUGCCGACCAUGAAAGGCCAAGGUCGCAGCGAGGCGGUAGUGCUGGGCAAGACUGUUGAGUUCGUGGAACUCCAGCUUGCCUUUCAGGAAUCGCUAAAAGAGAUCGCGUUGAGCAACGGCUGGUCAGAGGACAAGUUCAAGCAGUUCUACCUUGAUGCUGAGAAGGAGUCCAAGGAAAAGCAGAAGACAACGGCGGCAGGUCAGGCACGU